AUAAGCGGCGCGGGCGGGGAAGGGGCCGUGGCCCCGCGGUGGCGUCGGUGGGAGCGGCGGGGCCGCAGGAGGGCCGGGAGCGGCCGCUCUUUGUGCGGGGCUCGGCCGGGUCCCGGCCGCCUUCGUGCCGCAGCCCCGGGCGGGCCUCGCCCCUCCUUUCCUGCCGCGGCAGGCGAUGCUUUGGAGUAGAACGCGGGAGAUCUCGUAAGGUCUCUCGUCUUGAUGAGCAGGAGACUGAAGAUGCAGCAAGCCUAAUAGUGAGGACGGAAGAAUCUCCUAAAAGAAGUUGGACAAUCUGAAAUAGUGACCAUGUCUAUGGAUCACAGCCCCACCACUGGUGUGGUGACUGUUAUUGUGAUUUUGAUUGCUAUUGCGGCUCUUGGUGCCUUGAUAUUGGGCUGCUGGUGUUACCUGCGUCUGCAGAGGAUCAGCCAGUCUGAAGAUGAGGAAAGCAUUGUGGGCGAAGGAGAAACCAAAGAGCCCUUUCUUCUGGUGCAGUACUCUGCUAGAGGACCUUGUGUAGAGAGGAAAGCUAAGCUAACUCCAAAUGGCACAGAAGUACAUAGCUAACUUGGAGCAACGCUAUGCUUACAAUGUGUGUAACCAGCAGAAGAAUCUCUACUGUGAAGAACCUGGUCACAUGAAUACUAGUCAUCAGAAAACACCUUGAUGAGGAUUAAAUCAGCUUUGUUUGCAACUGCAUGCACUGAAAAGUUGCACUUUGCAUCAACUGUGUACCCCAAUUCCUCUAUGAUAGGAGAAGACUCACCUGGCGCAACCUCCAUUGCUGGCAAUGGACACAGGCACAUACUGGUGUGAAGAGACUACUAGAGUUUUUUUUGUUACUUGAAUGUUUAUCUGAGCCUAUUUUGAUGGAGCUACUACUGUAAUGUGAACUACUUUACAACUGUGAACUGUAAAUAGGCUGCCAGAAGCUUUUUGCUUUGUGUUCCACAGCAUAUGGGAUUAUGAUGCAAUUGUAGGUAAUGUACAAGGGGACUCCUGAACUGCAACUAUAGAUGGCAUUCCAGACCUUCAAAACCAAAUCUGCAUUUAAAGCUUGCUUCUGCUACUCACUUGAGUGUACAGCCACGAAGUCAGAACUCCUAUUCUUAACAGUCAUUUGGGCUGAUGCAGAGUACCUUCUUUGAGAAGGUGGUAUAAGCUUUCAGUAACAUGUUGAGGGAGGAAACACAGGAGCUACACAAAAAGAAAAAACAACCUACCUAGUUGCAGCUAGGUAGGUUAAACUUCUGGCUACUAGAACAGAGUUCUCUAUGUAGCUGCUGCAAGGAAACUGCCACUUGGAUGGAUUCCAACCUGGGAACUAAUGAUGGAUACUGAACUGUCAAGGAUGGUCCAGAAGGUUUCCAGGAGUUUUAAAUGGCAGUAGAGCAGGCAUUUUACCUCUUCUGUAGGUCUGCAUGCUAAAACUGCAGAAGUGGUUACUUAUUAAAACUGGUGUAAGUGCAAGUCAUGUGCAUUUUUCCUAAAACCUGUUUGUGUACGUAGUGGUUAUGGUAUAUGUUAACAGCCUGUUGUAAAAAGGCACUUCAGUCUACAGACAACUAUAGAAUUGAGUUCAUGUAUCUUGUAGGUAACUCUUGAUUUAACUGUACUACUACAAAAUAAGUUUCGAUGUUUCCUGCUAAAACCAAUGUUGAUAUGUCAAAGGGGGAUUGCUGGUCCCUUUGUAAAAGUUUUUAGUUAGCCAGGUAAAGUCCUUCUAAAUAAGGACAUCCCUUCUAUUUCUUGCUUUCUGCUACAGUUCAGCUAUAAGAACUAUAAAAAGAUAUGUUAAGUAGGGAGUUCUGAACAUCAAAAGUUUGGGGGAUGACAGAGGGCAGAAAGGGGAGAAGGAAGAACACUGAGCCACCAAUAGCAGCUUAUAUAUUCCAAAACUCCUAGGGCAGCCACAUAGACUUUAAGGCUAGUUUCCCAUGAACUUAUACGAAAAUAUGAAAUUUCAAACUACUUAAUUGCCAAGUAGAAAAAAGCUACUGUGUUUCCUGAGAUACAAAUAUGAAGUCCAAAGGUCUUCAGCUCUACAGGAAGCAUUAAACUUCUUGUACCUGUGUGUAUGGAACACAUGCUGAUCAAGCUCAACUGAGAUCUCUAACUACAUUCAACAAACACAGCACUAGUCUAGACAAAAAGUCCUGUCCUGUUCUUCUGCAGUGAGAUGCUGACUUCCAUUUUUAGUGCUACACAUGUUGGUUUUUUUUAACUGAAGGCUAUAAUUUGAAGCAAAAUUAAUGUUGUCAGUAGGAAAAAGCUCCUGCUGUUGCCUCAAGUACAAUAAGGGGGACAGCUGACAGAGGGCUUUUCUUACCUAGUACAUGUCCUGUCUUAAGAAUCUCAUGAGACUUGCAUGUACAGCCUUAAACUGCUGUAUUCUAGACCUUAAAAAUUGAGAAGAAAAGGAUUAAUUCAGUAAGACUUUUAGUUUUC